GAGCUAUGAGCUUUCAACGCGUUGACUGCAUGCGUGCUUUUGCAGGAUUUGUUAAUAGUUAUUGAUAGUUAAUACGUGUUGUGCGUGAUUGUGAUAUUGGUUGUUUAAGGACAUUGUGUUUAUUUCCUGACUCUACAUUUUUGGAGAUGGUUAUCCUCACCAGGAGUACGGACAUGUCAGAGGGACAAGCCACACCCGAGUGGGAUAUCAACGACGCUGUAGUCCCCAGAGUGACGCAUUUUGACACAUUCGGCGAAUGGUGCGACGGCCACGUGAGGAGGGUCUACCCGCCGGGCUGUGAAGAAGCUAGGAGACACGCGUCAGGAUGGGCGAUGAGGAACACUAACAACCAUAAUGUACAUAUCUUGAAGAAGAGCUGUCUAGGUGUGCUAGUAUGCUCCACGAGGUGUCGACUGCCCGACGGCUCGAGGGUUCAUUUGCGACCUGCAAUCUGUGAUAAAGCUAGAAAAAAACAACAAGGUAAACCGUGUCCAAAUCGCCUAUGCAAUGGUGGUAGAUUGGAAGUGCAACCGUGUCGCGGGCACUGCGGCUACCCAGUCACACAUUUCUGGAGACAUACAGAACACGCAAUCUUCUUCCAAGCCAAAGGAUCUCACGAUCAUCCCCGACCAGAAGCAAAAGGUGCGAGCGAAGUAAGGCGGUCACUCGGCGCUGGCAGACGAGUGCGCGGACUGGCUUUAUUACUAGCCAGAGAAGCAGCAAUAGCCGACAAAAUACUAAAUGUUAAGCCCGAAAAACAAAUGCCACAGAAAACAAAUCCACAUCUUCAACCACCUCCGCUGAUACCAGACAACCAAAGAGCUUUAACAUGUACUUGCGGUCCAUUCGAGUGCAACUGCCGGUGGCGUCCUGAAAUGUCAAAUGAGACAUUCACGCCCACAACAUGGCCAUCGACUGAACACCAACCCUACAAUACUUACAUCGCACCUUCAAUACAAACCCCACACCAACAGCAACAGACAUUCGACCCUAGUGCAUUGCCAUCUGAUGACAUAUUCCAUCCUGAAGAAAUAUUCCAACUAGACCAACCCAUACGCCUCGACUUUCCAAUGGAAGAAAACACCUUAGAAUCUCCUCCUACAUUCGCUGAUCUUAACAGCGAAAACUCUAGACCAGAAGAUUCAUAUUGGUUCGAAUGGCAACGAGCCGCUGGAGGAUCAGAGUCUAGUGAGACAUCUUCACCCGAGCUUUUUGGGAAUGGAUACCAACAAAUGGAACCGUACUGUGAUCAACAGGCGUACGCGCAUCAACAGUUUUACCCCGAAGAAGCGCAGUACUAUCCCGUGGAUAAUACGAGAGAAUCACCAGUCAUGGAAAUGGAAGAUCAACGGUAUUAUAGGUACGGUCAAGACUGUUCACAAAAUAACAUAGAGAUGCAAGGUUGGAACUACACAGACUGCGCCUUUACCUCGCACAACAUUCCUGAAUGCAAACAGUACUACGACGUCCAACACACGCAAUCCGCAAACGCAUUCAGCGGUCUUUUAUAAUUCGCUGUUAUUAGAAAAUUUUAUUUGUACAUAGCUUGUUAAUAAUAAUAAUUGUGUAAAUAAUUGUAAAUAGAAUUAUUUCUUGUUCUUGUAAGGCUUUGAUUUUGUGUUAACUAUUAAGUGAUGUUAGUUCCUUUUUCUGGGCCCUUCAUGUUUGUUAUUGAAGCUGGAUCGAAUAGAAUGAAUUCGUUUUAAGGAGAAAAUAAAAGCACAUUUUUAUAAAAUGUCUAUUUAUUGUAUAUAAAAAUUACAUUAAAAUUGUCAAUUUUA